AUGUGUUUUAUUCAUCCAAACAACGUAUGGUUUCAAAAUCGCAGAGCCAAAUGGAAGAAAAGGAAAAAAAGCACAAAUGUUUUUCGAACACCUGGUACAUUAUUGCCAUCUCAUGCUUUACCUCCCUUUGGUGCAAAUAUUACCAAUAUAACAAUGACAGAGGGGUUGUGUGGGACAUCAAUGUUUGGAGAUAGAUGGGGAGUUGGGGUUGGUUCAAUGACUGGUGGCUUUAGUCAACUUAAUCAAACGGGCUCUAUUCCUCCUUCUCUCAAUGGAAUUAAUUCUUGUAUUAACAUUAGCUCUACUAUGGGUAGUGGAUCUUAUCAACAUUACGGAUUAAAUGCUAUGGGAGAUUCUGUGAUGUACCAACAUUCAGCUAAUGAUCCGGAUUGUUCAGAAAGUUCACCAAAUCAUAUAGCAGCAUCCAACAAUUUAAAUUCUUGUUCAUCAGCCACACCACCUUUACCAAACAACCACCAAGCAAAUAACCAAAGUGAGGGAAAUGGAACGUCAAUGGACUCCCAGUCAACUCAACUGCAUCAUCAUCAACAAAUUGAAAAGCUUGAAUCUUCCGAUAAUAAUUCUUCUAAUUGUCAAAAUUUACCUACUGACGAUAAUGAGGAUAUAUGGAAAGGACACAGUAUAGCCGCUUUACGAAGGCGUGCAUCUGAAUUAAAUUCAUCUGUGCCAUCAUACUUGCAUGUUCACAAUAACUACGAACAUCACAAUUCAGUGUACUAAUUCUUAGUGAUAGGUUUGUAAAAUUCAAACUUAAAAACAAUGUAUAUAAUAAACUUCAAGUAUACGAAAUAAUAAAGUGC